AUGGCCGCCAACCUCCCGCUCACGCAUCUGUACUUCCAGCAGCAGAUGAACCCGAAUCGGUGUAAGAAGGAGUACGAGCACUGCUCCUCCUUCACCCCGAUCCCGGUCGGCAUCGACGCGCGCUGCAAGGCCGACAACGGUGCUGGUCCCAUCAGCCCCCUGCUCUACUCUGGAUUCCUGGAGCACCUCGGCCGGUGCAUCUACGGCGGCAUUGUCGACGACAAGAAGCACCCUUCCCCCGCCGAGCUGCUCGAGGAGCAGGGCAACGGCCGCGCAGGAUGGCGCAAGGACGUGCAGAAGGUGCUGGCUGCGGACGGUGACCUAGCUGUGCCCAUGAUGCGCUGGCCCGGCGGCAACUACGUCUCGAACUACCACUGGCAGGAUGGUAUCGGUCCCGUCGACCAGAGGCCGAAGCGUGUUGAGCUCGCCUGGCGCACCGCCGAGGACAACCGCUUCGGAACGGACGAGUUCAUGGACAUGUGCCGCGCGAACAAGUGGGAGCCGUUCAUCUGCUUGAACAUGGGUACCGGCACGCUCGAGGAGGCCCUCGCCUGGGUCGAGUACUGCAACUCGACCGGAGAUACUUACUGGGCCAACCUCCGCCGAAAGCACACGGGCCGUGACGAGCCGCACAACGUCAAGUAUUGGGGUCUCGGUAACGAGAUGUGGGGACCGUGGCAGGUCGGCAACAUCGAUGCGAAGGAGUACGCCGCCAAGGCGAAGCAGUGGGCGCACGCGAUCAAGCUGGUCGACCCCAGCGUGAUCCUGAUUUCGUCCGGCGAGACCGGCUUCUCUCUCUGGGACAAGGAGGUGCUCUCUGAGGUCAUCCCCUACGUCGACAUGCACAGCCUGCACUUCUACUCCUCCCUGUUCCACGAGUACUUCACUGCGCCGGGACACAACUUCGAGAAGAAUGUCUUCUCGCCGGCAGCGGCAGAGGCAGGCAUCAAGAUCGCCAAGUCACUCAUCGACCUCACGAACGCCGACAACUCCUUCCGCGGCGUCGCAGCCAAGGACGUCAAGAUCUGCUACGACGAGUGGAACGUCUGGGACCAGACCAAGGCUGGCGUUGACAUCGGCCUCGAGCAGGUGUACGACUUCACCGACCUGCUCGGCACUGUCGCUUGGCUCAAUUUGCUGCUCAGGCAGAGCGCCGACGUCGCUGUCGCCUGUAUCGCGCAGAGCUGCAACGUCAUCUCGCCCAUCCUUACUCGCCCGGACGGCGUGCUGAAGCAGUGCACGUUUUACGCUCUGCAGCUCUUCAGCACGAUGAUGCGCGAUGGCCACCUCCUCCAGACUCCCGACAUGCCGGAUUACUACGACGGUCCUACCUGGCCGUACUUCGUCCAGCAGAUCAAGUGCAACCCCCGCUACAUCGACAUCGUCGCAAUGGGCAAGGACGACGGCGAUAAGCGCUCCGUCCGUGUCUCGGUGCUCAACCGCCACCCCGAGCUUGACUGGGAUGCCAACGUCAUCAACGUCGGUGGCCUCGAGAUCGAGAAGGUCACCGUGCACGAGAUGUACAACGACGACCUGUCUGCGGCCAACUCGUGGGAGGAGCCCGAGAAGGUUGUGCCAACCAUCAAGGAGUACUCGGCCCAGGAGUGGAAGGACCGCAAGCACACUGUGCGCAAGCACUCUUGGCAGUUCAUUGUGGUUGACGGCAAGAAGAUUUGA